CUCCUUUACUGUUGUUUAUUUCCUGCACUCGAUUGCAUUCUAUGGCCAAUGCGUUCCAUUUUCCAUUCCCAAAGACAAUUACAACUAAUUUAUUUCUUCAAAUUUCCCAUCUAUUAAUGGAUGUCAUUGUCUUCCGAUAAAUCCUAAAUUUCUCACUCUCGCUUUAUUUAAUUAGGGGCAUUUGAAAAAUAUAUAUUUAAUAGUGCAAGAAACGUCCAGUGAUUUGUGUACCACCAAAACACCCGAACAAGUAUUUAACAUUUGAAGAUGGAGGCAACAUAUAUAUAUAUAUAUAUAUAUAUUAAGUGAGCUAUGUCUUAAAGCUCAUUUGAGUUAGUACACGCCUUCAAACUUAAACAGCACUCACAAAUUACUAGCUAACAAUAUUCUUAUAUUGAUAGUGAAAUUUGAAUCAAUGAGAUUGUGAUUCAGAUGCUCAUCAAGUUGAUCAUUUUUUGUUGGAUCAACAAAACAGUUUCUAAUACAAAGGUACUUGUGUCCAAAUAAAUUUAAUGCUCUAGAUGUCUUGCAAUAUGACUUACUAUAUGCAGGAUCAUGAAAUAUUUCAAAAAUAGAUGGCCUGUAACUGUAAUAAAGAUGGGAGGGAGCAUCUAUUUAUUCCCACUCUUAAUUCUAGUGAGGCGAGCUGCAUGCUCUAGCACAGACUACGAAAUUGGCAACGUGUGGGAAACAGAUUGAAAAUUAUUAAAAAUACCUGUAUUUAACUUUUUUGGUGUCAUCAUCCGAUUUCAUUAGAUAGAAGCAAGUGAAAGAUACCCCAAAAUCAAAAAAAGUCAACUCAAAUUAGUAUUUUUAGGCUCAAAAAAAAAAAAAAAAAGAAGCAAAGGAGUUCAACUUAUCCUCGACCUCUUCCGAGUCUUGCCUUCCGUUAGUUACUAUGUAGUUUGCAGUGGGUGUAUUAUACUCCCUCCUACGUUUUAAAUUAUAAAAUACUUUUAAAAAAAUUUUCACCAUUCAAUAAAAUUUCUUAAAUAUAAUUAAUAAUUUUAUUUUUUAAAUAAAAAUAUAAUUUUUUUAAAAUAUUUUUAUUUAAUAUAUUAAGAAAAUGGAAAUUAAACAAAAUGAGGAGGAUAAUAUUAAAAAAAAUUUAUUUAAUAAAAUUUUUUAUUUUUAAAAAAUAUUUAUAUUUUAAAAUAGAGGGAUUACUAGUAUUAUAUCAUUUGUUUUGUAUUAAUUGCUUUGAAAAAAAAUAAAACAAAACAAAAGAAAGCACACACGGAUUGAGUGACAGGGGCUGGAGAAGAAACAGUGUUUGGAGGUAAUUGCGUCACGUGGUGUCCUCGUUGCCUGUUGAAGCCCCGUUCGGUCCUCCUUCCUCUCUCCCCCACUCUUUAUUUAUACCCCAUCUUCCCUCUUCAUUGCAUCACAAUCACAAUUCACAACACGCCUCUCGCUGCUCUCUCAUCUCUCUUCCGUCGUAUCCUCCCACCUCCACACCACCACUUUGUCCUCAACCCACGCUCUCUCCCUCUCCCUCUUCCUCUCUGCGAUUCUGUGAGUACUGUUGGGACGUGUGUCUGUGUCCUUCUCCCUCUGAACCAGGUUGAUUCAACUGUGGGACACUCACUCCUCCUUCUCUCUAACUCAUCAAUUCAAACUUCCUCUUCCCUCCUCUGCGUCUUUUUUCACGCUCCCGUCUUGCUCCCGCACAGCUAACGCCCGGGGUGCCUUCCUCCCGCCUCCAACAUGGUCGAGAACGGCACCACCACCAACCGUCCACCAUUUGAAGUCUCCAUUGACGUGGCUCAUCAGGGCGGCUCCAAGUGCUUCGACGACGAUGGCCGCCUAAAACGAACUGGGACCGUGUGGACCGCGAGUGCCCACAUCAUCACCGCCGUCAUAGGCUCCGGCGUGCUGUCCCUGGCCUGGGCCAUCGCUCAACUUGGAUGGAUUGCGGGUCCGGCCGUGAUGAUUCUCUUCUCUUUCGUCACUUACUACACCUCCACUCUCCUCGCCGUCUGCUAUCGUUCCGGCGACCCUUUAACUGGCAAGAGAAACUACACUUACAUGGACGCCGUUCGAUCGAACCUCGGCGGCUUUAAGGUCAAGAUUUGCGGGCUGGUUCAGUAUGUGAACCUUUUCGGAGUCGCCAUCGGAUACACUAUUGCAGCUUCCAUAAGCAUGAUGGCAAUCAAAAAGUCUAACUGCAUUCACGAGACCGGGAGCAAAGACGAGUGCACGAUGAAUGGUGAUGCGUACAUGAUUGCAUUUGGGAUCGCGGAGAUUAUCGUGUCUCAAAUUCCAGACUUCGAUCAACUGUGGUGGCUAUCCAUUGUAGCUGCUAUCAUGUCCUUCACUUACUCAACCAUUGGGCUGGGCCUCGGUGUUGCUCAGACUAUUGAAAACAAGAGAAUUAGAGGAAGCCUAACAGGGAUAAGCGUGGGUUCUGUCGUGGGCUCUCAAAUGGUGACGGAGACACAGAAAGUCUGGAGGAGUUUCCAAGCUCUGGGUGACAUAGCCUUCGCUUACUCUUACUCAAUGAUCCUCAUAGAAAUCCAGGACACGGUGAAAUCCCCGCCAGCGGAAUCAAAAACAAUGAAGAAGGCCACUUUUAUCAGUGUUACAGUGACGACACUUUUCUACAUGCUAUGUGGUUGCUUCGGCUAUGCUGCAUUUGGGGACUCAAGCCCAGGAAACCUCCUCACUGGUUUCGGCUUCUACAAACCAUAUUGGCUCCUAGACAUAGCCAAUGCUGCCAUAGUUAUCCACCUAGUCGGUGCUUACCAAGUUUACUGCCAACCUCUCUUCUCUUUCAUUGAGAAAGCAGCAUCAGAUAGAUUCCCAGAAAGCAAUUUCAUCAACAGAGAUAUUGAAGUUCCUAUCCCUGGUCUCCGAUCACCCUACCAACUCAACCUCUUCCGAUUGGUCUGGAGGACCAUUUUUGUGAUCAUAACCACUGUGAUAUCGAUGCUUCUCCCAUUCUUCGGUGGCGUUGUGGGGUUUCUCGGAGCUCUUGGGUUUUGGCCCCUCACCGUGUAUUUCCCGGUGGAGAUGUACAUAAACCAGAAGAGAAUACCAAAGUGGAGCACCAAAUGGAUCUGCCUCCAAAUGCUUAGUGUUGCUUGCCUCGUCAUUUCUUUAGCAGCUGCUGCCGGUUCUAUUGCCGAUAUUGUCUCUGAACUUAAGACUUACAAGCCAUUUGUGGUCACCUUAUAAACGACACAUACAGUGAUGAUCGCCACAGAUAAGAAUUUCAGACACGAGAGAGAGAGAGAGAUUUCAAUUCUUGUUCAUGUGUUUAUAUGAAACCUAGGAUGGUGAUCUUAGUGUUCGUUACUUAGUAGCCUUUCUUAAUCACCGAUCCUCUUAUUUGUAUUUUCUUCUCUUUUUCUCUUUCAAGCGUCCUCUAGCUCUGUAACUCCGCUAUGCAAUCCGAUGUAAAAUGCAAGAAAUGGAGCAUUACCUCAAAA